GAUGAACCACGUGAAGCUAUUGAAAUCGUCGAAGAUCUAACUGAAGAUGAUAGAGAACGUGACACAAAUGAAGAACAACCUCAAAAAGAAAAAGUUUUUGUUUCACCCCAAAAACCCACAGGAUUAAAAAGAAAAAAAGUUCAAGAAGACCCUAGAAUAGCAGAAACGUAUCAAAUAAUAAAAGAAAUUUCCAAUAAAAGGCAAACACCAAAAGUGAAGAGCGACAAUACUGUUUUCGGGGAGUAUGUUGCUAGUAAACUGGAAUUAUUUGAUCAACACACAAAGACAAUACUUCAACAUCAAAUAAGUAGUCUGAUUUGUUCCGCUGAAAUCAACUAUAUUCAUAAUCAUAACAAAACUGGCAAUCAAGCUCUUCAACUCAAUAUUAAUAAUCAGCCUUCAGCUAAUACAAUGUUAUUUUCAUCUCCACUGUCAUCACCAAGUUCAUCAUCUCUUCAUUCAAUACCUUCAAUUCAACCACAGUCACCAAAUUACCUUUCUGCAGUGCAGCAGCCUCAUCAUCAAGAUAUGUCGAACUUCUCGAGUAUACACGACUAUCUGCAGUAUCAGCAAACACCUGAUAUCAACGGUACAUCAGCUUAUGUCAAUACGUCAGAAACUAUCCUAACUGAUGACCUAAAUACUUCGUCAAAUAUAUAA